CUGAAACAAAAAAACAAAAAAACAUGCAUAAUAAGUUAUUUUCUUUAUGAAAUUGAAAUUAAUUUAAAUAGCACAAACUCGGCUCAAGACGUGGCGAUACGAACCAGCAAAACCAACACCCUUCUCAAAUUUCACCCCACGUACCAACCAAGUAUAUUUUCUAUUUAUUUUUCACCGUCAGUGUCCAAUGUUCCUCAAGCAAUCGUCUGUUUUCAUCCUCUCUCUGACCGUGGUCAUUUCCGCGCUCAUUGCCAACCAUUCACUCGCCCACGCCAGCAGCGACCUUCAGAACAACAUUCAGGCCGCUGCUGCCACUUUACCUCAGCCGACACUCUACGCCCCCCAGAAGUACACGCCCAACAAACCCGGCCAGCAUUAUGCUCUGGGACGUGCCGAUGAGCAAAGCGCAGACAAAGAUGAGAGUGAUACGGAAAAAAGUGACGGUUCCGAGGAUAGCUCGAUGGAAGAACGUAUCGCCGUUAUGAGCCAUCACUCGCAAGGCGUGCAUCUACAGAGUGAUCUGCUGGUUGCCUUCGUGUACGCCGUGGCCGUGGCUGGGAUUAUCAUUUAGAAACUUGUUUAAUGGGGAUAAAAACAAUUAUAACCACGUGCGGAUCCUAAUAACAGCAUUUAAAUUAAUUAAUUUUUCUAAUGUUUCUUGUUUACAAAACAAUAAAACAACAA